AAGACCAAUCAGCGAAAGCCGUUCUUUCGGAAUCGUGACGCUGAGCCAAUUAGCGCCCACUCUACGUGGAUAGGCGGGGCUUGAUCGCAGAGAGGAUUGAAUGUGAGAGUGUGGUAGGGCUGGAGUGAGUGAACCGCCGAUGAAUAAAACUGGUAUCAAGAGUUAGUCCUACCUCCUGUGUGUUAAGAUGACCAAGCUGGGCUUCCUGCGUCUGUCCUACGAGAAACAGGACACCCUGCUGAAGCUGCUCAUCCUGUCUAUGGCAGCCGUCCUCUCGUUCUCCACCAGACUGUUCUCUGUGCUUCGCUUCGAGAGUGUCAUCCAUGAGUUCGAUCCUUAUUUCAAUUACCGGACCACUCGCUUCUUGACAGAAGAGGGCUUUUACAAAUUCCAUAACUGGUUUGAUGAUCGGGCGUGGUAUCCACUUGGGAGGAUUAUAGGAGGCACCAUCAAUUCUGAUGGGUCACCAUACUGCGGCUUUAUCUCACGUGCUACUUCGUUUUCCACACACACAUCGCACAUGCCGCAAUGUGCUGCCGCCAUGUUCCUCGUCCCUCUACUUCUCCUCCUUCAGGCUGCUUAUGGUCAGAAAGGAAUCGCCAUUUUCUGCAUGCUGUUGACGUACUACAUGUGGAUCAAAGCAGUGAAAACAGGCUCCAUUUAUUGGUCAUCCAUGUGCGCGCUGGCAUAUUUUUACAUGGUGUCCUCCUGGGGUGGUUACGUGUUUCUGAUUAACCUCAUUCCCCUGCACGUGCUGGUGUUGAUGCUCACCGGACGUUUCUCUCAUCGCAUCUAUGUGGCGUACUGCACAGUCUACUGCCUGGGCACCGUCCUCUCCAUGCAGAUCUCUUUUGUUGGAUUCCAGCCCGUCCAGUCCUCUGAACACAUGGCUGCAUUCGGAGUGUUUGGCCUGUGUCAGAUUCACGCCUUUGUCGAUUACCUCCGGAGCAAACUGAACACGCAGCAGUUUGAAGUGUUGUUCAAGAGUGUCAUUUCGCUGGUUGGUAUCAUCCUGCUCUCUGUAGGUGCAGUGCUCAUGCUGACAGGGAAAAUCUCACCUUGGACUGGCCGUUUUUACUCUCUGCUGGAUCCAUCGUACGCCAAGAACAACAUCCCCAUCAUCGCCUCUGUGUCGGAGCACCAGCCCACCACCUGGUCCUCCUACUACUUUGACCUGCAGCUUCUGGUCUUCAUGUUUCCAGUUGGUCUUUAUUACUGCUUCAACAACCUCUCCGAUGCCACGAUUUUCAUCAUCAUGUAUGGCGUCACCAGCAUGUACUUCUCAGCUGUGAUGGUGCGUCUCAUGUUAGUCCUGGCUCCCGUCAUGUGCAUCUUGUCUGGCAUCGGUGUUUCUCAGGUCCUUACCACCUACAUGAAGAACCUGGAUGUCAGUCGACCGGACAAGAAGUCCAAGAAGCAGCAGGACUCCACUUACCCUAUCAAAAACGAGGUUGCAAGUGGGAUGAUUCUGGUAAUGGCGUUCUUCCUCAUCACAUACACCUUCCACUCCACCUGGGUGACCAGCGAGGCGUACUCCUCCCCGUCUAUCGUGCUCUCCGCCCGCGGUGGUGAUGGCAGCCGCAUCAUCUUCGAUGACUUCAGAGAGGCGUAUUACUGGCUCAGACACAACACACCAGAGGAUGCUAAAGUCAUGUCGUGGUGGGAUUACGGGUAUCAAAUAACAGCGAUGGCCAAUCGAACGAUUCUGGUUGACAACAACACUUGGAAUAACACUCACAUCUCCAGAGUGGGUCAGGCUAUGGCCUCCACUGAGGAGAAAGCCUAUGAGAUUAUGCGAGAACUGGAUGUUAGUUACGUCCUGGUGAUCUUUGGUGGACUGACGGGAUAUUCAUCUGAUGACAUUAAUAAGUUCCUGUGGAUGGUCCGUAUCGGGGGCAGCACGGACACAGGGAGGCACAUAAAGGAACAUGACUACUACACGCCCACCGGAGAGUUCCGUGUGGACCGCGAGGGGUCCCCCGUCCUGCUCAACUGCCUCAUGUACAAGAUGUGCUACUAUCGCUUCGGCCAGGUUUACACCGAAGCCAAGCGUCCUCCUGGUUUUGACAGAGUUCGUAAUGCUGAGAUUGGCAACAAGGACUUUGAGCUGGAUGUGCUGGAGGAAGCGUAUACUACAGAGCACUGGCUUGUCAGGAUAUACAAGGUCAAAGACCUUGACAACCGUGGCCUCUCAAGAACGUAAAACCCAGAACUCAAAAUCCCACCCCCUCUCCGGAACACACAGCACUGAACAUCUGCGGGCCCCAUACCAUGAUCUGAGGAGAAAGCGUGAAGAUUUUUUUAUACUUUUGUUGUAAUUGCUGAAAGAGAUUUUCUUUUCUUACGUUUUUUUUUUCUUGGUUUGUUUUUUAAAUUUGAUUGUCAAAUGUUAUGUUUACUGGGGGCAGAAGGUGUCGAAUUUCCACCUGAAAAGAUGAGAAAUAUGUUCAUAAGUCGUUUCUGCAAUCAACUGGCCAGAUAACUGUUUGAUUUGUCUUUCAAUGGGUGAAUAAAGGAGUGACUGGGA